AUGCCCAUUUCUCCAGCUGAAGCCUUUGAGGAACGUCACCUGCAGCGCGAUGAUGGAGAAAAAGUCAUUCCUCCAUCUCUGGCACUUGUUGCUGCGCUUGAAUCUGGAUACCGUUUUAAGCUAUCCUCUAUAGAAGAGGCCACUGAUUCCGCAAGGUAUCCUGGAUUUUUGACAAGGGACGAAUUUGUUUCGCUUUGUGAAAAAAAUCCUAACAAUUGUUUGGACGCAAGGAUGAUGGCGAAGCACGUUUCUGUGCUUGCACCGAAUGGGUUAUUCACUCGCGUUUCUCUUCAGGAGAUUGCCGCGAAGACAGGUUCAAGUCAGGAUGCACUGAGCGCUGACGAAAUUGAUGCGCUCUUUGACGUUCUAGACAGGGAAAACACCGGUUCUAUUCCUGCUGAAAGACUAAUGGAGGCCAUGUAUGGAGAUGAAGGGAGGGUGGCCUUGGGAAAACAGAGGAAAGAGUAUGCGGCUGCGAAGGCAGAAGAAGAAAGGCAACGUACUCUCAGGGAGGCGGCAGCGGCAGCGGCAGCGGCAGCUCCUAAAGAGUCUGUCCCUGCUGCUGCUGCGCCUAAAAAGGAGGAGCCCACAUCGCCACCGCCACCGCCACCGCCACAACAGAAAAAGAAGACUAUGUGUGGAUGCUGA